CAGCGGCUUGAGUAGAUCCAAUGAGGUGACGCCGCGUUCCGGGGCCGACUGUCGAGAGCAAGCCGGUAAUAAGGGGCAAUAUUAACUAUAAAGUGUGACAACAAAGAGUUAAGACAAAAUCAGGAACACAAUACUUCAACUUGACCGGAGAAGCACAGUCUAUUGGUAACUCCUUCUUAGUCUCAUUCGUGCCGGCUGAGGAAAAGCUCAUCAUGGGGGACAGAAAGCUAGGGCUGAUUGCUCUCUUCUGCCUUGCCCUGGCAAUGUUGCCUUCUCACACAGUGACUGUAGCUGUCAUGUCAUUGGACCUGGGCAGUGAGUGGAUGAAAAUAGCAAUAGUGAAACCUGGUGUGCCAAUGGAGAUUGUUCUUAACAAGGAGUCAAGGAGGAAAACACCCACAGCUGUAUGUCUCAAGGAAAAUGAAAGACUUUUUGGAGACAGUGCAUUAGGAGUGUCUGUGAAAAACCCUAAGACUGUUUAUAGACGCCUCCAAACCCUCCUGGGUAAAAAGCACAACAAUCCACAGGUGGCACACUACCAGAAACAUUUUCCUGAGCAUCAGCUUCAGGAGGACCCAGUUAGAGGCACAGUUUACUUUAAAAAUUCAGAGGAAAUGCAGUACACGCCUGAAGAGCUUCUUGGGAUGGUUCUUAAUUACUCUUGUGGAUUGGCUCAGGACUUUGCAGAACAACCAAUCAAAGAUGCAGUGAUAACUGUCCCAGCCUUCUUCAACCAGGCAGAGCGCAGGGCAGUCCUACAGGCAGCACAGAUGGCAGGUCUAAAGGUUCUUCAACUCAUUAAUGACAACACUGCCGUGGCCUUGAACUACGGGGUCUUCAGGAGGAAAGAUAUAGACGCAACACCUAAGAAUGUGAUGUUUUAUGAUAUGGGGUCCGGCAGCACAACUGCCACCAUUGUCUCUUAUCAGACAGUGAAAACCAAGGAGUCUGGUAACCAGCCCCAGCUGCAGAUAAGAGGUGUUGGGUUUGACCGUGGUUUGGGGGGCUUUGAGAUGGACCUGCGGCUCCAGGACCACCUGGCCAAACUGUUCAAUGAGCAGAAGAAGAGCAAGAAAGAUGUGAGGGAGAACCACCGGGCCAUGGCCAAGCUCCUCAAAGAGGCUCAGAGGCUCAAGACGGUGCUUAGUGCAAACAUGGAGUUCAUGGCUCAGGUGGAAGGUUUGAUGGAUGACAUUGAUUUUAAAGCUAAGGUGACCAGGACUGAGUUUGAAGAGCUUUGUGCUGAUCUUUUCCUAAGAGUGCCUCGUCCUGUGCAGGAUGCCCUCACUGCUGCAGAAAUGAAGCUGGAUGAAAUUGAACAGGUGAUUUUGGUUGGUGGCUCCAUCCGUGUCCCCAAGGUUCAAGAAGUGCUGCUCAAAGCUGUUGGGAAAGAGGAGCUGGGGAAGAACAUCAAUGCAGAUGAGGCAGCAGCCAUGGGCGCUGUGUACCAGGCUGCUGCCCUCAGUAAGGCCUUUAAGGUCAAACCUUUCCUGGUCCGUGAUGCAGCUGUAUUUCCUAUUCAGGUGGAGUUCACCCGUGAGGCAGAGGAAGAGGGGUUGAAGACCCUAAAACACAACAAGCGUAUCCUCUUCCAGAGGAUGGCGCCCUACCCCCAGCGUAAGGUCAUCACAUUCAACCGCUACAAUGCUGACUUUGCUUUCGACAUCAACUACGGCGACCUCAGUUUCCUGAGUCAGGAUGAGAUCAGUGUGUUUGGCUCUUUGAACCUGACCACAGUCAAACUGUCUGGAGUAGACAGAAGCUUUCAGAGGCAUGCAGACGCAGAGUCAAAAGGCAUCAAAGCCCAUUUCAACAUGGAUGAAAGUGGACUCCUCCUCCUGGAUCGUGUGGAGUCUGUCUUUGAAACUAUAGUAGAGGAGAAAGAAGAGGAAUCAACAUUAACAAAGCUGGGUAACACUAUUUCCACCUUGUUUGGUGGCGGAUCAUCAGAACCCACCCAGAAUGUUACUGAACCUGUCCAGGACGAGGAGGAAGUGCCUCCGGAAUCUGGAAAGGACAUCAAGGAUGAGAGCGAGGAUGGUAAGGAAGAGGCCCAGAGUGGUGAAGCUGCCAAGAACAAGCAAGGCAAUUCAGAGGAAAGUGCAGGUGAAAAGAAAAGCCAGGAGAAGACAGAGGAGGCAGAAAACAAGACUGAUGCCAAGGAGGAAAAGGACGGCGAGAAAUCUGGAAAUGCUGAGUCCCAGAAAGAUGUGGAGAAGAAGGCAAAACCUCAGAAAAAGAGCAAGAUCUCUGAAGACAUCACAGUGACUCUUGUUCUCAAUGACAUUCUGGAUCCCACUACAGAUGAUGUCACUUCUUCUAAGAAGAAGUUGCAGGAUUUGACAGACAGAGACCUGGCCAAACAGGAAAGGGAAAAGACACUAAACAGUUUGGAAGCUUUUAUUUUUGAGACAAAGGACAAGCUGUACCAGGAGGACUACCAGCUGGUGGUGUCAGAGGAGGAGCAGGAGCAGAUUUCCACCAAGCUGAAAGAGGUAUCUGAGUGGAUGGACGAAGAUGGCUAUGGGGCUACGACAAAGCAGCUGAGAGAGAAGCUGUCUCAGCUGAAGAGCCUCUGCAAGGAUAUGUUUUUCAGGGUGGAGGAGAGACGCAAGUGGCCAGAUCGCCUGGCCGCCCUGAACACCAUGCUCAACACCUCCAGCUUCUUCUUGAGGAGUGCCAAAAUGAUUCCAGAGGAUGACCAAAUCUUCACUGAAGUUGAGCUGAAUAUGUUAGAAAAAAUGAUCAAUGAAACAAUGACAUGGAAGAACCAGACCAUAGCAGAGCAGGAGAAACGCUCUCCAAAGGAGCGACCUAUCCUACUCUCCAAAGACAUCGAGUCCAGGCUGGCGCUUCUAGAUCGAGAGGUCAACUACCUGCUCAAUAAAGCCAAGUUUGCCAAGCCAAAGGCGAAAGCCAAAGCUAGGAAUAGCACCAGCUCUGAUAAAAGCAGCAAGACUAAUGGCACAGCAGAGGAAAAAGUAAUUCCUCCCACAAAGGAGAGCAAGGAAACUAAGAGUGAAAGCCCAGAGGAAGUGCAGCCGGGUGAAGCCCCACCUACUGACAAGAGCACAGUACACACAGAGAACUCUGACAGCCAAUCACAGUCCACAGAAGAAAUAACAGCUGCAGAGCCAAAAGACAAGACCCAACCAGAAAACCACAUAGGGGAUGAAUUAUAACAGCUGGAACUGAGAAAAAUCACUAUUUAUUGACAGUAUAUACAUGUUCACUCUGUUUUUUUUCUCUUUCUUUUUGUACCUGUUCAUUGAACUGCUGGAAGCAGAUUGGAUUCAAGACCACUCAUUUUGCCCCUUUUCUUCAUCUGUGCUAUUUAUCACUUUUGACUGUCAUGGAUUCUGUAAGCAACAGAAACUGAAAUGCCAAUAAGAGAAGCAGUUCAAGAAAAUAUAAGCCCCUGACUGCAUGGUGCUGUGACACAUAGACACAGUGCAAGCAAAAAUGGAUGUUUGACAUGGAUGAAUGCUGUUUAACUCUGGUUAGUCAUUCAUGAAAUUGUAGCUUCCUGCUUUGUCCUCUGCACUGUAUCCUGUGUGUUGUUGUGAAGUCACCGUUUGUCUAACACUUGCAGCUUUACUGACUUUCCAUGGCCACUAAGUAAGUGCACUACCUAAUGGUGUUAGCUUCAGCGGAUGGUAGGGCUGGGCAAUAUGACCUUAAAAUAAUGGUGAUAUUUUGAUGCUAUAUCACGGUACAGAAUAUCUAGCUUGACAUUUUGAAAUAUUUUUCAAAAGCACUUCAUAAAUGCGAGGACUUGGCAACAAAUUAAAAUAUCACACUAUUUUUUUACUAAAUACCUCUAUCUAUAUUGCAACAAUUUUGUAAGCAUGAGUAUUAUUACUGUUACAGAAUAUGUAUGCAUUGAGUUUUUCAUAAAUAACUAAUCAGAAAUGUGAGUAAAUUGGUAAAAACAAGUAUCAGAACAAGUAGACUAGUCUUGUUAGUACAUAAAAUCACAUCACUUUACUGUAAAGCAGCCUUAGAAAUAAUGACACAUAUGCCAUAUAACAAUAAAUAAAAUCUAACACCAUAUGUAGUCACAAAAAUAUAUUAUGAAAAAUAUUAAUAUUAAUAUAUUGCCCAGCCCUUGCAGAAGGAAUGGUUAGGUGACCAGAGUCCUCCAAUCUCCAAUCUAGAUUUUAUUGGCCUUAAAAUGUGCUGCUAUAUUUACAGAACACAUGACAAAAAUACAUUGAAGUUGUUUUUUUUUUUUUUUUAAAUAAUUAUUGGCUUUAUAGAGGCUUGAGUACCUCUCCUGACAGCUCAAAAAAGAAAUACUUGGGAUAUCCCCUUGAAAUUCAUGCUGGUGAUUAAGUUCUCAGGUGUCCCCGUAUGUGCAGACUGAGAACUAGUUAUAAAACUGAGCUGUCAAAUAGGGAUACUUUAUCUGUAUCUGCUUCCCUUCAUCCUUCAGACACAGCUGGAUGAUCAAAAAUUACCCAUUAAAUAAUUUUUUUCUACUGACAGAUGUUUUAGUGAAAGUGGUCAAACUCUAUCUUGUCAUGUCAUAAGCUGCAUCAUAGAAGACGCGGUGUAUUAGUCACUGCUCUUUACCUCAACAUGCCUGUGAGUCAGAUGUUGGCUCAAUUUUUCUGCUUGAGUGGGGAUUGGGGGGGUUAGCUGCGUGCUUCUGUGUUUGCAUCACUGCACUCUGGAUUAUUUGGAGAGGGGAACUGAAGACAGGAAUGGGAGAUGUGUUUUUAAACUGUUAAUAAAAAAUGUUUUUUGUUUUUAAUUUA